AUGCGAAAAUCUAUUGUGCAAUGUAUAAAACAUCACAAAGCUUCUGGCAGUCCUCACAAUGUAGCAAUAUUAGGUCUUCACAAUGAUAUAAUUAACUGUGUAGCACAUGAUUUUGGCGAGGAAUAUUAUUGCACCAAAGAUAAAAAUGACAACGGAGAGCUCAAAAAGAUCCAGAAUUCAACAUUCAUAUUUAGGAUGAAUGCAAUUAUUUCUAACGUUGCUGCAAAAUCACGCAGUUUAGUGGAAGACGUUGACACAAACACUGUUGAGUGUUUUAAUAGUGUCAUCGCUAAAUUUAUUGGUGUGAAAAGAACAAAUUACGCACUGAAAGGAGGUUACCAAGGGAGGUGCUCAGCAGCUGUUGUUUCGUUCAACUGCAAAUCCGCACUUUCAGCCAUCCAAAAAGCUUUAAAUAAAAGUCCUAAAGGCAGGGUAAAGAUAAUUGAAAGAAGAAGUGCACGAAAACGAAAGUUAAACUUGGAGCAUCCGGUAAAAACAUACGGAAAUUAA